UGCCGCGCGGUGCCCGCGGGACGCGCACCGGCACGGCCGGGCCCCGCCAGCAGGAGCGGCCCCGCCGGCAGGAGCGGCCCUGGGGCUGGCUGGGCCCGCGGCCGUUGAGGUGUCCGGGCUCCCUUCGCGCCGUUCUCCCCGGUGUCCUUCCCCCGGGGCUCUGUUGUGAGCCGCCGCGCUGCUGCCCCCCGUGCGGAUAUGCAAGAUGCCUUUAACCGUCUUGGCUCGAAGCGUCUGACACGAACUGGAGCUCAAGAUGAGAACCAACAAGGUGUACAAGCUCGUCAUACAUAAGAAGGGGUUUGGAGGCAGUGAUGAUGAACUGGUGGUGAAUCCUAAAGUAUUUCUUCAAAUCAAGCUGGGAGAUGUUGUGGAAAUUGCACAUCCCAAUGAUGAAUACAGUCCCCUGCUUCUACAAGUGAAGUCACUUAAGGAAGACCUGCAGAAAGAAACAAUAAGUGUGGACCAGACAGUUGCACAGGUGUUCCGCCUGCGGCCCUACCAGGAUGUCCAUGUCAAUGUUGUUGACCCAAAGGAGGUGACCUUGGACUUGGUGGAGCUGACAUUUAAAGAUCAGUAUAUUGGGCGUGGGGAUAUGUGGAGGCUGAAGAAGAGUUUGGUCAGCACAUGUGCCUAUGUCACCCAGAAAGUUGAAUUUGCAGGUAUCAGGGCCCAGGCAGGUGAACUGUGGGUAAAGAGUGAGAAAGUCACUUGUGGAUACAUCAGUGAGGACACCCGGGUGGUCUUCCGCUCCACUUCUGCCAUGGUUUAUAUUUUUAUCCAGAUGAGCUGUGAAAUGUGGGAUUUUGAUAUUUAUGGGGAUCUGUACUUUGAGAAAGCUGUGAAUGGUUUCCUUGCUGACCUCUUCACAAAAUGGAAGGAGAAGAAUUGCAGCCAUGAAGUGACAGUGGUUUUGUUUUCAAGAACAUUUUAUGAAGCAAAAUCUAUAGAUGAGUUUCCUGAAACACAUCGUGCAUCAAUUCGACAGGAUCACGAGGGAAGAUUUUAUGAAGAUUUUUACAAAGUUGUAGUUCAGAAUGAGAGGCGGGAGGAGUGGACCUCCUUGCUUGUGACCAUUAAAAAGCUUUUCAUCCAGUAUCCUGUGUUGGUACGACUCGAGCAAGCAGAGGGCUUUCCUUCAGGUUACAAUUCUACCUCAGCACAAGGGAACUACCUGGAGGCUAUAAAUCUUUCAUUCAAUGUGUUUGACAAGCACUACAUCAACCGCAACUUCGACCGCACGGGGCAGAUGUCGGUGGUGAUCACCCCUGGCGUGGGGGUGUUUGAGGUGGACAGGCUGCUCAUGAUCCUGACCAAGCAGCGCAUGAUUGACAACGGGAUAGGUGUGGAUUUGGUGUGCAUGGGAGAGCAACCCUUGCAUGCUGUACCACUCUUUAAGCUCCAUAAUCGUUGUGGCCCUGGUGACUCACGAAUGGGUGAUGACUACAAUAUCCCACACUGGAUAAAUCAUAGUUUCUACACAUCCAAAAGCCAACUCCUGUGUAACAGUUUCACUCCACGGAUCAAGCUGGCAGGAAGGAAGCCCCUGACAGAGAAAGCAAAAAAUAAUCGUGAUGCCUCAUUAGGAGCUCCCAAGGAUGCUGAGAAUGCCUUGCCUAUCCAGGUGGAUUAUGAUGGCUACGAUGCCCAGGUGUUCCGGCUGCCAGGCCCAGCCAGAGCCCAGCGCUGUGCCACUUUCAGCAGGUCGGUGCGGGAGCGGGAGAGCCGCACGAGGAAGAGCUCCAGCUCGUACGACGUGUCGAGCAGCCCCUCGCUGCAGAGCCGCGCGCUGCCCCCCGAGGAGGUCAGGAGCCAGGCUUCCGACGACAGCUCCCUGGGCAAGAUCUCCAACAUCCUCAUGAUCCCGCGGCCUCACCUGCACCAGUGUGAAGUCAGCAGCUCCCUGGGCUACACCAGCACCAGAGAUUUCCUCGAGAGCACACUGGAGUCGCAGCAGCGCGACUCCAGCGCCCCGGGGCGCUUCCACGUGGGCAGCGCGGAGUCGCUGCUGCACAUCCGCCCGGGCGGCUACGCGCCCCAGCGCGCCCUCAUCAACCCCUUCGCCCCGUCCCGCAUGCCCAUGAAGCUGACCUCCAACCGCAGGCGCUGGAUGCACACCUUCCCCGUGGGUCCCUCAGGAGAAGCUAUCCAGAUCCAUCAUCAGACCCGGCAGAACAUGGCAGAAAUGCAGGGCAGUGGGCAGCAGGAUUUGACACAUUCCUCUGCAGAGCUGCUGGAGCUGGCUUACCAUGAGGCAACUGGCAGACACGUCAGCUCCCGGCAUCCAGGGGAGAGUGGCUCCUUCCUGAGCUUCGGCGGGGCAGAGGAGUACGGGAACGGGCUGGGGGCCGGCCCCGGCGCAGGGGUGAACCUCAAAACUCAGAACAAAGAUUCCUUGGAAGAUGCUGUCUCUAAUUCUCCAGAUCCAAUUCUGACGCUGUCUGCUCCCCCCAUAGUGCCAGGCUUCUGUUGUACAGUUGGAGUGGACUGGAAGUCCCUGACCACGCCGGCCUGCCUGCCCCUCACCACCGAUUACUUCCCCGACCGCCAGAGCCUGCAGAACGAUUACACCGAGGGCUGCUACGACCUGCUGCCAGAGGCUGACAUGGACAGGAGGGAUGAGGAGGGCGUGCAGAUGACAGCCCAGCAGGUGUUUGAGGAGUUCAUCUGCCAGCGCCUCAUGCAGGGCUAUCAGAUCAUUGUGCAGCCCAAGCCGCAGAAGCCGGCCCCGGCCGUGCCGCCCCCGCUCAGCAGCAGUCCCCUCUACAGCAGAGGUCUUGUGUCGAGAAAUAGACCUGAGGAAGAGGAUCAGUACUGGCUGAGCAUGGGCCGUACCUUCCACAAAGUCACCUUAAAAGACAAAAUAAUCACUGUGACUCGGUACCUGCCAAAGUAUCCAUAUGAAUCUGCUCAGAUAAACUACACCUACAGCUUGUGCCCCUCACACUCUGACUCUGAAUUUGUCUCUUGCUGGGUGGAAUUUUCCCAUGAGAGACUAGAAGAGUACAAGUGGAAUUACUUGGAUCAAUAUAUCUGCUCUGCUGGCUCAGAGGAUUUCAGCCUCAUCGAGUCGCUGAAGUUCUGGAGGACGCGGUUCCUGCUGCUGCCCGCCUGCAUCAGCGCCACCAAGCGCAUCAUGGAGGGGGAGGCGCACUGCGACGUGUACGGCGACAAGCCCCGCUCGGACGAGGAGGAGUGGCAGCUCCUCGACGGCUUCAUCCGCUUCGUGGAGGGCUUGAACCGCAUCCGCCGCCGCCACCGCUCCGAUCGAAUGAUCCGAAAAGGGUCUGCCAUGAAAGGCUUGCAGAUUGCUGGUCCAAUCCCCACUCACUCCCUGGAGCAGUCUGGGCCUCCCAUUGGGAAAAAAGGAACCUCAGCACUCUCAGCUCUGCUGCAGAUGGAAGCCAGUCAGAAGACUCUGGGGGAGCAGCAGGCAGCAAUGCUUUCUGGCAAGAGCUCUGGCCAGCCUUCAGAGAGUGGCAGCAUUGCUAUCACACCCACCUAUAUGGACAGCCCUCGGAAGGAUGGGGCCUUCUUUAUGGACUUUGUUCGCAGCCCACGCACAGCUUCAACCUUCUACUCCCAGGUCUCUAUUGAUCAAUCAGUUCCUGCAACCUCAGAUGGCAGCACCUUGCUGGCCACGGGGCAGGUCCCUGACAGGGGCAGCAGCCAGGCCCUGGGGGGCACCCAGAAUGCUGCAGAGCCAGGAUACAGCUCAGCUGCUGCUGCAGAGGGCAGCUCUCAGCAGUGUUCAGCAAGUGCUCUGACUUCCUCCUCCACUUUGGUAGAGAUUCUUGAAGCCAUGAAACACCCCACCACAGGCAUCCAGCUGCUCUCUGAACAGAAGGGCCUCUCCCCCUACUGCUUCAUCAGUGCAGAAGUUGUGCACUGGCUGGUGAACAACGUGGAAGGGGUGCACACCCAGGCCAUGGCCAUUGACAUAAUGCAGAAAAUGUUAGAAGAGCAGCUUAUUGUCCAUGCAUCUGGAGAAGCUCUACGAACCUUUAUUUAUGGCUUUUAUUUUUACAAGAUUGUUGUGGACAAAGAACCAGAGCGAGUGGGGCUGCAGCAGCCUGCCAUGUGGCACACAGCUGCCAUGGACGACUUCUCAGCCUUCCAGAGGAAGUGGUUUGAGGUGGCCUUUGUGGCAGAAGAGCUGCUGCACUCGGAGAUCCCGGCGUUCCUGCUGCCCUGGCUGCCCAGCCGCCCCGCCUCCUAUGCAAGUAGGCACAGUUCCUUUAGCCGCAGUUUCGGAGGACGGAGCCAGGCAGCUGCACUCUUAGCAGUGCAUGCACUAGCAACUGUAGUCAUGUAUGUAGUGGAGUCUGACUGGAGAAUAACCUGCCUGCUCCUCUCCGAUUUGCUUAGUAAACCUUUAGUUACAUACUCAGUAGUAGAAGACAAUUGGGAAGCAGCCGCCACGGUGCCCGAGCAGCGCACGGUGACGCUGGACGUGGACGUGAACAACCGCACGGACCGGCUGGAGUGGUGCAGCUGCUACUACCACGGCAACUUCUCCCUGAGCGCCGCCUUUGAAAUCAAGUUACACUGGAUGGCAGUGACUGCAGCUGUUCUUUUUGAGAUGGUUCAGGGCUGGCACAGGAAGGCCACCUCCUGUGGGUUCCUGCUGGUCCCGGUGCUGGAAGGGCCCUUUGCUUUGCCCAGUUACCUGUACGGGGACCCGCUUCGAGCUCAGCUCUUCAUCCCACUCAACGUGAGCUGCUUGCUGAAGGAGGGCAGUGAGCAUUUGUUUGAUGGCUUUGAACCAGAGACAUACUGGGACCGAAUGCACCUUCUCCAGGAAGCAAUAGCACACAGAUUUGGAUUUGUACAAGAUAAAUACUCAGCCUCUGCAUUCAACUUCCCAGCAGAAAACAAGCCCCAGUACAUCCAUGUCACAGGGACAGUGUUUUUGCAGCUGCCCUAUUCCAAGCGGAAGUUUUCCAGCGGGCAGCAGCGGCGCCGGCGCAACUCCACCAGCUCCACCAACCAGAACAUGUUCUGUGAGGAGCGCAUCGGCUACAACUGGGCCUACAACACCAUGCUGACCAAAACCUGGCGCUCCAGCGCCACCGGCGACGAGAAGUUCGCAGACCGGCUGCUGAAAGACUUCACAGACUUCUGCUGGAACAAAGACAGCCGGCUCGUUACCUUCUGGACUGACUGUCUGGACAAGAUGCACGCUAGUGCCCCGUGAACAGGGUUCUAUCUCUUAGGGAGACAGCUAGAAGCUUUACCUUGUGGCAAGGAAGUAGAAGUGAAGAGUCUCUCUGUUGGAUUCAUAUUGAGGCUCCAAGAGGACCUGAGCAAUAUUGCUGUUGAUAUUCAACAGAAUUUGAUUAAGUGCUUGGAAAAAAAGAAUUUGAGCUCUUGGCUUGCCAGUAUCUAUCACCUGACCUCAGCUUGAUUUCAAGUAGCUGCAGUCCUUGGUUGCCAAAACUUCAGUUAGAGCAGAGGUGAAGGAGGGAGAGUGCAAGUGGUUUUCAAGGGCAGUUGGAUGCAGCACAGUGUGAUGGUGUCAGCUUCCAGUCGCUGGAAAUGAUCGGUGCCAGUUGGCAUCUGAUGUGCCUGGCAGCAGCCUGUCCCUUCCCCUUCCAAGGUGUACCUGAUUGUGUGAAUAUGUAAGAUAAGAUGUGAGAGAUUCUUGUUAAAUUUUCAUACAUGUAAAUAAGUAAAAUGCAGAAAAUGAAGUGACCUGAUGUUUUGUUGUAACUCCACAAACAGCAAUACAAAAUUGGUGAGUAAAACAAUUACCAAAAGAAAA